AUGUUGGAUUUGGCCAAGCCACCUAGGGCCGAGUCCUGGGUUCAAGGUUUUAUGAAAGUGUCGUUACAUAGUGACAACGGUGUUAUCAGAAACCUAGAUUUAACUCCUAAUGGUUAUGAGCGUAUGGAGCACGGGACCAGCCGGAGCUUUGUGGUCACCCAUCCGGACGACAUAGGACGAGUGAAACGAGUAGAGUUUUACUGGGAGUAUGACAUGGACGUGCUACAACCCAGGUCCAUAUGUUUCUUCUGGUGCAACGACCAUCUGUACGUGUCUAGUAUCGGUGUCACAGAAGCCGAAGACGACGGAAACAGAGGUAAACGAGGUAUCCAAGUGGAUACUAAGUUGUGCAGCCAGGGUCCAAGAGAGUAUGCUGAUAUUGCCUCUAGGACUUCAGCUGUGUUCAUCGACAAAUGUGAAGACCAAGAGCUUCUAAACUAA